CAAAUGUCUGGGCAUGGGGAUGAGUUACCGGACUGGUCCACUCCAUCCAACCUUCAUCUCUCAUCUCAAUAAACCAAAAGAACCGCUUCAUUUUGAAGUCUUAACUUCUUUUGUACGCUUGAAUCUGUAGAAUUCCCACCGCAAGCCCUAAAUCUCUCCUCCCCCUCUCCCGCGAUCCACCGGUCUUCUCCCGUCGCUCGUUCCUGCGGUGGCCGCGGAGCCCCCCUGCCCGUGCGGACUUGGGGAUCUAAUUGUUCUCCAUCAGAUCUCCUUUCUUUUGCAAUUAUAAUUACAACGAGAGUCGGAAGGCCGAGUCUCGAAGAGGGGAAGGGAGAAAGUAGCAAAGCGAUGGUGCGCGACAGGGACGAACCCCCGGCCGUCCGCGUCUACACCGUCUGCGACGAAUCCAGAUAUCUGAUCGUGAGAAACGUGCCGGCUUUAGGCUGUGGUGAUGACCUGUCCAGGUUGUUUGGAUCGUAUGGCGAGAUAGAAGAGUGUAAACCCAUGGAUGCAGAAGAUUGUGAUCCUUUCACUGAUGUUUAUUGGAUCAAAUUCUCACAGGUCAGCAAUGCAAGGUUUGCAAAGCGGAAACUGGAUGAAUCCGUAUUUCUAGGUAACCUUUUGAAGGUGUCAUAUGCACCUCAGUUUGAGAGUGUUUUGGAUGUCAAGGAGAAACUUGAGGGCAGGACAAGGGAAGUUCUUGGGCGAAUAAAAUCUGCAAAUGUAAGAACGGAAGGAUCAAAGUCUCAAAUUUCCAGUAACUCCACCAUUAUCGGGUCUUCUUGCCAACAUUGGCUUGAUCCUGCUCCAUCGGCAUCAAGUAAUUCAGAGCUGCAGGGAAGGCAAAGAGAAUUUGCUAGAGGGGGCCAAAUAUCUCAUGUUGGCAAUGCUCCUCUAAGCCAUGUUUCCUCUAACAAGGAAUACUUUCCAACACCAUCUAUGAACGAGACUGUUAGGUUGGUCAGAGAGAAGCUUGAUAAGAUACAAUCUCGCAGCGGGAAUACAGAUACUGCAUCAGCAUCCAAAAGAGCAAAGGUAGACAACAGAAGAAGAAUAUAAUGUACAGAGCCCACUGAUCGUAUGCCGCCAAGUCAUCUUCUUAAAUGCCUGGUUGCUUAUUUUACUGUUUGUUCAAUGUAGGUGAUCCAUCACCUCCUUGUGUGAUGGUAAUUUUUUUUGGAUCACUAUUUUGGGGAUUGUCCCUAAUAUCUGGUAAAAAAACAAAAAGAAAAUAUAUCAUGAGGGCUUAGUUGGAAAUUUUAA